UGAUAAACGUGGACGAAGCCGAGACCACGGACAAGGAGAUAUUGAGAGAGAAAUGCAAGGCGACGAAGCCAGAAUCUUGCUCGGAUUCUCUCCCGGUUCCCGCCCGUCUCCUUCUCAGGUAAAAGAAGCUUACAAAAGGAAGGUAUGGGAUUCUCAUCCUGACCUGUUCCCUGCUCAUCAGAAGUCUCAGGCCGAAUCCAAAUUCAAACUGAUUUCCGAAGCUUAUUCAUUCCUGUUAUCUGGUGCCCGAAGAGGAGAUUCACAUUCAGCUUCAUAUGAACGGGUUGUAAGAAGGGGGGUUCCGGUCUCGCAAGGAGGGAGAAGAAAUCAUGCCUUGAUCAAGCUUCCUUUCCUGUUCUUGAUUCUGGGGACUGUUUCACUUGGAGGAUUGAAUGUUUCCCGGGCUUACAAAAAGCAGAAGGAAGCAUAUCCUUCUCACAAUCCUUUUCUUCCUUGAGGCCAGGAAGAAUUAUGCCAAAAACAAGAGUGUUCUAUGUUUAGUUUUGUGAUUAGUUGAUUUGCAAGAAUAAAUGUUAAAGGAUAGGAAAAUUAACAAGUGGAUACAUGAUAGGUGCAAGGGGAAAGAGUGUACAUUUGUUAUUAUAAUUUCAAGUCAAAAUUGGUAUGCCACAGAGUAUUGCUCUGUUAGCGCCUUAUAU